GUUCGUAUAUGAAGUUGAAUUCAGCUAUUUUUUUUCAACAGUAUCGCUUGCAUCUUUGACUAAAGACAGUCGUGAAGAGAUUUUCAAAUUUGUGUUAUAAAAAAUUAAAUCAAAACAUUUUUUUUUGGUCGAAUAAUAAAGAAAAAGAAAACAAAUAAUUGCAGAUGAAGACAAAUUCUUUCAUACUUUUUGCUGUUUUGACAUUGCUUCGCCUUCAUCGGACUUUUGGCCAAGGAAAUGUCAGAUAUGGUGACUUUAGUGAAUCACCACGAAGCUUUUCAGAUGAAACAGCCGUAAAUUAUUAUCAUACCCAAAACUUUGCUCCACAGAAAGUUUCCUUUGAAAAAACUCCGGAUGAGUAUAAGAUUGUGAAACCGGUCAAUAGAGAUAAAAAUUAUAACGACUUCCUAAGUCAUUUAUAUCGACUUGAUGAUGCAAAGUCAAGGGUUAGAAGAGAAGUUAUUUCGGAAGGUCCGUUAGGUGAUCAUAUAAGAAGAAAAAGAGUUAUUGUGUUUAGACCUCUUUUUGUGUAUAAACAGCAAGAAGUAAAGCGACAACGAGUUAGCAGCCAAAAGUCAUCAAAGAAACGUUCAUAAAUUGAACUGAUCAGAGAUACUUAAGAUAAACAGAAAAAGUGGACGGAAGAAACAAAACUGUGACUUUAAGUAAAUUAAAUUUUUUAGUCUUAAGUUAACAUUUAUGAACCGAUACAGGAACUUUUCUACUUAUUUCGUUCAAUAUUUACAAUGUAAGAUAAGUUUUUUGUAGAAUAUGUAGGCAAGGCGUCUGUCUUUAGUGAUAAUUAAGAAAAGUAACAAGUAAAUGUUAAGGUCUCCUCGUUUUCGGAUAUUUAACGCGCAGACUAUUAAGAAACCUGAAAUGCCAGUUCUCCUGAGCUCGUCACUUAAUUUCACGGCGAGUUGAAGUGAAAUUUUUUAUUCAUUAAAAUUUUUAAUAUGCAUAUUUAAUUCUUGUAAAUAUUUAAUGUAAAAUGGGUUGAGCUAAGUAACAUAAAUCGGAUCAAUUCUUUACACCUGUUGAUGUAGUUUUUAUUUUUUGCUUAAUAAUUGUUAUAAACUAUUAGUCAAAGUAACGAUCACCGUCAUAAGUAAUUUGACUGUGCAGUUGUUCGUAAAUUUAGAAAGUUUUCUAUCUCAUUUCGCGUCAUUGUUUAAUAUUAUAAUGGAGUUAGCAAGUGCGAGCACAUGAGGUUAUUGCUUGCCUAGAAAAUAUGAAAUUGAAGCUAUUCAAUUUACACAAUGUGUUUUUUAAUAAACUUUGUCUUUGUCAAAAGAAGUAGCAACAGCUCACAAU